CUUGAACGCUGAACAUUGUGUUUCGCCCACUUGUUCGCUGGCUUCUGUCGUAACCGGUCACAGCAGGUGCGAGUGUACAGGCAAAGAACGACAGUUUGAAAGGGGCGUCCCUCUCUCGUCGUAAACUUGAACGCUGAACAUUGUGUUUCGCCCACUUGUUCGCUGGCUUCUGUCGUAACCGGUCACAGCAGGUGCGAGUGUACAGGCAAAGAACGACAGUUUGAAUGGGGCGUCCCUCUCUCGUUGAAGCUACAUUUCUUGAACUACAGGAACGUCAUCAGUGACUGUAAGCGUUGACGCGUGUGUUGAACAUGAACAGUGACUGUCACAUUUCUUGAGCUACAUUAGUUUCAUCAUUGACUGCCUACAGUGAAGCCACACGUAUAGUUAAUUACAUAAGUUAUUGGCAGCUCAGAUCAGAUCCAGGUGAACGUUGAAUGGUUUCAACGAAGACGAGUCUUUCUCCACAAGACCGUUAUGGGCAUUUUCUGUUGGAAAAGGUGUCGUCUGCUGGUGUGCUUUUUUUUGGUAUUCCUCACGGGACUCCUCUUAACCGGAUGCAGUGUUUAUUUAACCAACACCUUAAAAGUAACUGGAUAUAGGCAAACACAUCCUGAUCUCCGGGUACUGAUGCCGGUGCUGAUACCGGCAUCAAAAGUAUCCAAGAAAUGUCCAAACGUGUUGGAACAGGCCUCUAUAGGUCGAUGGGUAAAACACUCCUUCAAUGCAACUCAGUUGCAGGAAUUGGAACGAUUUUAUCAUACUGUGUUGAAAGACCGCGCCCCACUGCCAAGCACAUUGCAGAGGAGUGAUGGCAAAUGUGGGAAUACAACGUACGAUUCAGCGCCAGCUACCGCCCACUGGCGAGCAGUCUGCAGCCCUAUUGGUAAAACUCCAUGUUGUUAUAACAACCAGUGUGUCGCACGGAGCGUUGAGGGGUGCAGAUGCGAGCACUGCUUUGACCUUCGCAGUGAGAUCCAUGCAGAGAUGGCGGAGUGGAUCCCAAGUGAUGUCCGAUGCCGGCUGAAACAGCACACUCCGGCUGAGCUCUGUGACCUCCUCGAGGGUAGUUCACUUUACUUUGUUGGUGACUCCCUGAUACGCCAUACUUACAUCGCCUUCCUCAUGGCUAUCAGAGGCAACUACAAGGACGGAGCUGUGAGGCCCGGUCUGUCUCCAGAAUGGUAUCGGAACUGCACUUAUCUUAACAUGUACGGUGCAGUGGCAUGCAGGCGGGUGCUAGACACCCCAAAUCCCUACGUGUGUGGUGGGCGUGUCUACAUCGGGCGGUUUGCUCACUUCAAACCGGAUAAAACUGGAGAACUUCUUGAUCUGGUCAGGAACAUCACCAAUGUCAAGAGAACGCUCAUCAUCUCUGGAAUGGCCCUCCACGUGAACAUGAACUACACUGCUGUGCAGGAAUAUCUCAAACCAGCCUCCGACUUUCUCAACACACGUGGCGCUCAAUGGCCUAAGUUCCUCUUCACUGGCCUGAGUGACUUCGGAGCUUUGAAGAAUCGUCGUGCCAUGUUGUGGUCGAAAAGGGACAUAUUCAACACCAAAAUGUCAUAUUUCGCAAAACGUCAUGGUGUGUUAUAUUUGGACCUGUAUAAUCUUACACGCGGUGUGCGAAGCUUUGACGGGAAUCAUUUUGGAGUGGGUUUAAACCGGGCUAAAGUGUCCAUCAUUUCAAACUACAUACGCGAUUUGAAAGAUAAGGGAGAGUGGUGACACUGAACAUUGAU